GACAAGGCGCGCCGCGUGUUGCUGGGGAAUUGUCUAUGACAAGUGCUAUAUAUUAGUGACUGUAGCGUAGAUACCAGCCGUCAUUUCAUGUCAUCGAGUUGGAGUGACAUCAACAUCCGUGCCAGUUAAACUUGUACGCACACCAACGCUCGUCGAUUCCUGCCAAUCAACCCUGCCCGUCUCUACACAGCGACGUCUCUAUUGGCUAACCCGCUCUACCCUGUGACAGAACCAAACACAUGCAGGAUAAGCCGGGAUUAGUGUUUAGUGUAAUCCCUUGACCAAGCCAGCUAGUGUUGUGCCCAGAUACAGGUAGAGGUUUUAUAUACUGGACCGUUGUAUUUCUUUACCUGACUUGCUCAUUAAUCCACCUGGAGAGAAAGAGAGAGAGACGGUUUCCACCUGAGUGGCCGCAGUCCGAGCAGAACGCGGACCUGAGAGAGAGGUACAGCAAACAAGAGUUUUCAGCCUGAUUGGGAAAAGCUCGCGUGCAUAUACUCACCACUACUCCUCAUAUAGCCUAUAGGAGCACGUGUGCUGUUUCUUAAAACACGCCUUUAUUUAAGACGAAAAAAAAUAUUGCUGAAUCAAAAAUUUACCUGGGAUCGAGUAUCUUGGAUCUUUUUUUUAUCUUCUCCUUUCUGUCUUCUGCAUAACUGACGAGAAAGGUUUAAAGCCUGUGAAGUGAAACGUACUUAGGAUCAUGCUAACAGAAAUGCGCGUCACCACUGGCUUGGAAAUGGCACAGCAUAAUUCUAACGACCUGAGCACCGAAGGAGCGAUGACACUCAGUCAAAGUAUGGACUCCGUAAACACUACCCCAGAAGAAGAGGUUCGCACAUUGUUUGUCAGUGGUCUGCCUAUGGAUGCAAAGCCUAGAGAACUGUACCUGUUGUUCAGAUCUUACAAGGGCUACGAAGGUUCACUUUUAAAGGUGACCAAUAAAAAUGGCAAAAACACUUCCCCUGUUGGAUUUGUCACCUUUAUGUCUCGAGUGGCCGCUGAAGCAGCUAAGCAAGAUUUACAGGGAGUGCGUUUUGACCCAGAUCUACCUCAAACACUGAGGUUGGAGUUUGCAAAAAGCAACACCAAAGUUCAGAAGCCUAAGCAGCAGUCCCCUCAGCCUGCAGCUCCUCACCCUACGUUUAUACACCCCAUUACAGGCCAGGAUUUAGCCGGUGCUGCCUUUUUCCCGGGGGCACCUGAAGCCUGGCCCCACCACCCAUUUGCCGCGGCGUACCCGGAACUGACGCCCACUACCGCCCUCCACCACCACACCGCACUCCUUCAACACCCGGCACUAGCACAGGUGCCUACCAGAAUUUUUUUAUUUAUAACUGCCUACCCUGAACUGGCGAUACCAAAUGUAACCAUGGUACACCCAACGUUACUUGCCCACCCAACUGCCGCUGGCAUGACGCACGCAAUCACUCCCGCACCGCCCCACGUGGCCACCAGCCCGAUACUAGGGAGCCCAAUAAGCAGCACCAGCACGCCCCCUAGUGUCCCAGGGGCACAUAACUCUCCUUGCUCAACACUAUUCGUGGCCAACCUAGGCCAGUUCUCAUCUGAGCAGGAGCUGAAAGAUAUUUUCAAGACAUUUCCCGGUUUUAGCAGAAUCCGCAUGAACAGCAAAGGGGGAUCCCCAGUGGCUUUUGUAGAGUUUCAGGACGUUUUGCAAGCAACCGAAGCUAUGAAUAGACUACAAGGCUUUGUACUAUUGUCAUCUGAAAGAGGGCUUAGGAUUGAAUAUGCCAAAAACAGGAUGGGUGAAAUAGGGAGUCCAACCACAGUGCUUUGACUUCAACAACCCGGAUCAAGGGAGAUUACUCUAGAUGGACAAUCUUCAGCCAUAGCUUCUGUUUUCUAGGAUGGAUUCGUUUUCAGCAUAAAUAGAUGUGUUAGUUGAGUAGCAAUAAGUGUGAUUGUCCCUGCUCUUACGCAGGCCAAACUUAAAGAUGUGGACAAGUUUGAUCUUG